CGUUCAUCGGAACAGACAACUACAAAAGGUGAAGAUGACAAAAAGGGGGGGUUACAUUGACUUGUGGGCCAGCUGCUUCGAUGAAGACCCCGCUGUCCUCCCUGCCACGGCACCAAGCGUUUACCCUUCCGAUAACGAGGCAACGCAGAUGAUUCGCCUGAGAAAAGCGCCCAAAGGGAGGGUCCCAAGGAUGAAGGGAGUGGAUGAUUCGAGCUCCUCUGAUAGCAGUGACGAUGGGGAGGACCUUAUCUGGAGGGGAAAGAGACAGAAGACACAAAAGCAGYAACAGCUUGAGGACCUCAAAGAGAUGCAACUGCUUGACGAUGAUGUCGAGGGCGGUUAUGAAAAAGGGGAUGAGGCGGAUGGGGAAGAGGACGAGGAGGGGGAAGAGGAGGAGGAGGGGGAGGACGAGGAUGAGGAAGAGGAGGAGAAGGUGGAGUUUGRCCUGUGUCCGCCUCGAGAGAGUGACGAGUCAGACAACAGUGACGACGACAACGUCGAUGAGGAGAUCACAUUGAGGGAGGAUGCGGCGCACUUGGACGAUGACGCAGAGUUCUUGGAGUCAACGGGCCCCGCCUUCGUAAAUGUUGAUAGCGAGGAUGAGCGUKCUAGAGCAGAGGCGCAGACCUUGGCCCACAGGGACCGGCCUCUCGUUGAGCAAUGGAUGCAGCAAGAGGCUGCAAAGCGUGUGGUAGUUCCUGCUGCUUGAAGGAGGAAGACGGGGUCGACAGUUGCAGCGGGAGCAUUGGGAGAAGGGGAAGAGCUAGGGAACACAGGAAAGAGACUACAAGAAGAGUACAGCACUGGCAUGCAGCAGCAUGAGGAAUCCCAACCAGUGGAGGAUCAGCAGCAGCAACAAGACUUGCAGCAGCAAAAGGAUGGGCUGCAGCAGGCAGAUUGUGAGAUGCGACAAGAAGACGAUCGGCAGCAGCAACUGCACGAUGGCCAGCAGGACCAAGAGUAACGCGAGCACCACGCAG